GUUCCCUCAGUCGCCACCUGCGCCGCCUCGAACAAGGUAACGCAAUUCCGGCUCCGUUGCUCUCGCGACUCUCGCCCCCCAAUUCCACGCCCUCCUCGCGCUCUAACGAACGGAAUCCUUUUGGAUUCCAGGAUCCGUUCUCCACCGGAGAGAAUCGGGCGGAUUCCAGCUGGGGCACUACUCCGCCGCGUCCAACACGAAUACCUGAUCACCGGCGGCAGGAGGAAGAGAGGGGCGGGGCCGUAUCGAGCUUCGGGUGUUUUCUGGAACAAUCGCUUCUUCGCUUCGGUGGUGAACGAGCUUCGGGUGUUUUCUGAAAUAAUCGCUUCCUCUCUCGCUCCGGUGGUGAUCGAGGCUGGUCGGGUUAUUCAUGGAGCUAAAUAAUGGCGAACGGGUCGAUAUAAUUGAGGAUGAAGAUGGGCUCAGCGCACUGAUGGAUGAUAUUUUACUGGCUAUCUUGGGGAGAGUGGACAUAACGACAGCUGCAAGGACAAGUGCCCUGUCAACCCGGUGGAAACAUCUUCCUUGGUUGCUCCGUGAGCUCAUCAUCGAUGUCAAGGAUUUCCUACCUGUACCACAGCCGAAGCCUAUCGACGCUGCCCACAUGGAUCAAGCAAUGUCAUCUCUUACUAGAGCGACCAAGAGCUUCUUAGCUAUUCCUAGAACCGAAUGUGCCAUCACAAAGUUGCAGCUCAAGCUCUACUUGAUCAAUAAUUAUUCAUGUGACAUUGGCCCUCUAGUUAGUGAAAUUAUUGACAUGGGGAUCUUAAAAGAUUUAGACCUUGCUAUUCUUGAUGAGAAGGAGAUUGCAGACUGCACCGACGAGCAGAUGCUACAACAAGCUGGUGCCGUGAAUGGCUUUUUCAGUGCCUACCCUAGCGUGCUUAAUUGCCUCAGAAGACUAUCUCUAUAUAAUUUGUGCUUUGCUGAAUGGGACAUAAAUCAUCAUCUAUUUGAUUGCUGCAAGGAGCUACAGCAUUUAACUCUAUCCAAUUGUGACGAGGGAAUGCCGUCAGUAUGGAAGAUAGAUGCACCAGACUCAAAACUUCGUGUUCUUGAACUUGAAUUCUGCUGGCUGCGUAGACUUGAGGUGGUCUGCCUUCCAAAACUAGAGAAACUCUGUUGGGAUACUUGGUUAUGUCUUUAUUCCCCUGUAAAAUUUGAUGUUGCACCGUCUCUCAAGGAAUUAUACCUCACGAGUGUCAAAGCGGAAGGUCAGAAAGGAUUUAUAUUAAGUAAGGUUCUUAGGGGUACCAGAAGCAUUCAAACAAUAAAGUUAGAUUUUCAAGGAGAAAGUAUUUGGAUUCAACCGGAAGGAAAACAAUUCUGCGCUGCAUUUAGCAAUCUAAGGAAGCUAUCUUUACACGGUAUCUUUGUUGAAUUCGACCUGUUAUGGACGAUAGUUUUUCUUGAAGCUGUGCCACGCCUUGAGAUAUUUGAUAUUGAGGUAUGGGAACAUCCAUGCCAGAUCGAGGAGGAGAGGAGCUAUCCCAUGGAAAGAGUAAAUCCUUCUUGGAAGUUGUCUGAAUUGACAAGCUCCUGUAACUCCUGUUUGAAAGAGCUCCAAAUUAUUGGCUUUAAGCCACUAGAGCAACAGCUAACAUUUAUAAAAGCUGUGAUGAAACGGGCUCCCAACUUAGGCACAGUUGUACUGAAAUAUGAUGACCCUUGCAAGGACUGUGAGGCAAUAGGCAUUUUCCCGCCUCGUCCUUCAAAGGAAUGCAUAUUUCCAAUGAAUAAGGAUAAGCAAGACAUGGUGGUUAAGCUGAUCAGAGAUGGAGUCUCCUCCCCUGCUCAGAUAAUUUUCUGCACUUAGCCGGUACAUGCGGGAAGCGAAACCUCUUACUCUACAAAUGUCAUGCCACUAUCAGAUAAGAAGGUUGGCCCCUUCAACAUGGAACAGGAUCUUAUUUGAGGAGGACGAAGAUUCUUACUACUGCAAAGUCAGUGGAAUUUACAUUGCGAGUCUUUCAUCGAUGAAAGGAUGAGGGGUUACUGCAUCUUCACUUGUUUGGAAUGUUAUUAGUCUCUCAUGUA